UCUGCCGUGACGUCCAUCAACGUCAAAAUGUCUCGCACGGCUUAAGAGCUAACAGUUUAGUUUUAUGUUUUUUUUUCAUUUACUUUUGGUUUCCUUUCUUUCCAUGGCUUGGAUUUAGUUCUAAAUGGCGACCGAGAGCUUACCAUGAAACUCCGGGUGCAGAAUGACAGAAUUGAUCCCAGAAGAGUACUGAAACCGAGGGAGUCUCCUGCUGUCAUGCAGCCUUAUUCCAGUGAGGGGAAUGGUUUAUCCCUGACCCUGCAACCAGAGCUUCUCACCAGGACACCGGUCACCCCCGCCGCGGCCGCCGGGCCUGACAGCAACGAGGUGCGGGUGACCAUGACCGGCGGUCCUGGGGAGUCGAGUGGAGGCGCUUCCUCCAGGAGGUCCAGGGUCGGCUCCCACAGCCACUCGCAUUCACAUCCGCACGGACACGAUCGGGCGCAGCGCGGCUCCAGUUCUGAGCCGGAGCUUGACCCCCCGGACCCGGAUCUGGACUCUGGGGAACCCAGCACCUCCCUGUCUGAGCUUCGAUGUCUGUUCCGCUGGCUCCAAAAGAGUCUUCCUUUCCUCAUCAUAUUGUGUGCUAAACUGGUCAUCCAGCAUGCUCUAGGUUUAGCAGUUGGGGUUGGCCUCUUCACAACGUUUUUAUAUGUGAAUAAAAACAUUCAAACUCAAGCUUUUCUUCAGGAUCGCCACUCAAAGCUGCAGUGCAUUUGGCUGUUUGUGUUCCUCGUCUUUUCCACCCUCCUGCUUUACUACACCUUUCUCACUGAGACACUUUAUCAUUGCCUCAUCUUUCUCAGUCCCUCCAUCGACCCCCUGGGUUUCUGGGAGAUCCUUUGGGCAGUUGGCACCACCAACUUCAUAAUAAAGUUCCUCUUUAUGGGAAUUAAGUGCCUUAUCCUGCUGCUGCCCUCGUCGUUGGUGAGCUACAGAACCCAGGGGCGGUGGCUGAUGCUGACUGAAGAGCUGGGUCAAGUCCACCAGGCUACAGCGCCUGUUCCACUCUGGUUUCGCUACCUGGUCACCUACCAGGAGGCUGACGGCAACCUCGGGCUCACGCUGGGGGUCCUGCUGGCUCUGGUCUACCUCAUUCUGAAGCUGUUAGGAUUGUACAGCCAGUGGACGUCUUUACUGAAAACUGUGCGGGUGUUCCUAGCCGGCGAGCAUACAGGCAUGGCAGCAACAAGAGGUCAGUGUAGCGAGGCAGGAGAUGUCUGUCCCAUCUGCCAGGGGGAGUACAAGGAGCCCCGGACUCUGCUCUGCCAGCACAUUUUCUGCGACGAGUGCAUCGCUCUGUGGUUCAACCGGGAGAAGAGCUGCCCCCUCUGCCGCACAGUCAUCACAGAGAAGGUCUACAAAUGGAGGGACGGCGCCACGUCUCCACACCUGCAGAUUUACUGAUCAGGAAUCACCCGGAUGUGGGACAUUUGUAUUAGCUUUUAUUAAACGUGACUCUCCAAACCCCACUGACGAGUAAUGUCGUACACACUGUUUAGGUAUUCAGCCGAGGGCGGGGCUCGCUGCGGGCCAAAGUCUGGGGACGACCCAGGGCCUGCAGUUUCUGACUUAGUUCCUUCUAUAUCCCUACUUCAAAACAACUGUUCCCUCUCCUUUUUGAAGUUGUGUAGUUUUUAUUUACCUUUUUUUAUGGUCAGAUAAACUUACCUGAUGGGUCAGAAGACUGUUGUGCUGCCACCUUCUUUUUGUAAAUACGUGAGGAAAAGAAAAAAAGAUUAAAAAGUAUUUUAACAGACGUUUCUUUGCCAUACACUUGAACAAAAGCAUCACAUGGACCCGACUUGUUCUAGUUAUUCUGACUUUAUAAUGGGGAACUUUUUGGACGUGUCAGAAUAAAUAUGUGGAGGUGAACGGCACCGUUCCUCUGCUCACAGGUCCUUGGUUCAGACCAACUGCUCUGCUUGAAUGUAAACCUGCAGUUGGAAGGUUUUUAUGAGGCCUGGUACAUCAUCGGGAACGUGAAUCUGUUUUUGAGGUGGAAUAAGAAUUCUUAUUAGCUCUUUUUUCCUGUGUAUUUCUCUUUGCCUGAUGAAAAGAAUGCAACUUAAGUUCUAAGAUUUAUUCAAAUUAUUUUUCUAUGAAGGGGUAACUUUUUCCUGUUUUUGUAAAAACCAAAGACCUGAAUCUAUUUUAUGUAUGAAAAUCCUUUCACAUUUAUUCAUACAAUA